CUUGCCUGUAGUUUGUAGUUAAGCUGAUACCGCGCGCACAUCCUCGUUGAGAUGAUGACCGAAAAUAAAUUGAUUAAUUUCUCUAUAGACCGCUAAAAAAUGGCAGGGUUUAAACACACAAUGUUAUGUAUUCAGCACUGUGUGCUACAUGUCCACACGAUGUCUGAAAAGAUUUAAAGCCACCAUUCAGAAGAGUGUUUUGAUUCCUGUGGAAUCUUUACAACAUCUGGGAUUUUUUUUUACAAAAAACAAAACAUCUCACGUCUGUGAGAGCGUGGAUAUCUGUGCAACAGACGUCUUUUUUGGUCAACAAUGCCUGUACAAGCGCCACAAUGGACCGAGUUUCUGUUGUGUCCCAUCUGCACACAAACCUUCGAGGAGAAUGUGCGCAAGCCCAUCAGCUUGGGCUGCGGUCACACUGUCUGCAAGAUGUGCCUGAACAAGCUGCACCGCAAAGCCUGCCCUUUCGACCAGACCACAAUCAGCACAGACAUCGAGCUGCUCCCCGUCAACACAGCGCUGCUGCAGCUCGUCUGCCCUCAGGUACCAAAGUCUCAGCCUGUCACCUUAGUGAAAGGAGCGGAGGACAUCAAGCAUUAUGAUGAAGCACGCACGUGUGUGGAGGAGCUGGCUCUCUACCUCAAACCCCUCAGCAACACCAGAGGUGUAGGGCUGGGCACUGCGAGUCAGAGUCUCCUCAGCAGACCCAUGCAGAGGAAGCUGGUGACCCUGGUGCACUGUCAGCUGGUGGAGGAGGAGGGUCGUAUCCGGGCCAUGCGUGCAGCUCGCUCUCUGGGUGAACGCACAGUCACUGAGCUCAUCCUGCAACACCAAAACCCCCAGCAGCUCUCUUCCAACCUGUGGGCCGCUGUCCGAGCACGAGGCUGCCAGUUCCUUGGACCUGCCAUGCAGGAGGAGGCUCUGAAGUUGGUCCUGCUGGCGUUGGAGGAUGGGUCACCUCUGUCUCGCAAGGUUCUGGUCCUGUUUGUGGUCCAGAGGCUGGAGCCACGCUUCCCUCAGGCUUCUAAAACCAGUAUAGGGCAUGUUGUACAACUGCUUUACAGAGCCUCGUGUUUUAAGGUGACGAAGCGUGACGAGGAUUCCUCCUUAAUGCAGCUAAAGGAAGAGUUCAGGACCUACGAAGCUCUGAGGAGAGAGCACGACUCCCAAAUUGUUCAGAUUGCCAUGGAGGGAGGCCUGCGCAUCGCCCCUGACCAGUGGUCCUCCCUACUUUAUGGGGAUCAGUCCCACAAGUCCCACAUGCAAUCCAUCAUUGAUAAGUUGCAGACCCCAGCCUCUUUUGCUCAGAGUGUACAGGAAUUAACCAUCGCUUUGCAGAGAACUGGAGACCCAGCCAACCUCAACCGCCUCAGACCACAUUUAGAGCUUCUGGCUGACAUCGACCCAAGCCCAGAUGCCCCUGCCCCUACAUGGGAGCAGCUGGACAAAGGCUUGGUUGCUGUAAAAACAGUAGUGCAUGGUCUUGUGGACUUCAUCCAGAACCACAGUAAGAAGGCAGGAGACCAACAGCAGGCUCCUCAGCACAGCAAGUACAAGACGUACAUGUGUAGAGACAUGAAGCAGAAAGGAGGGUGUCCCAGAGGAGCCAGCUGCACCUUUGCUCAUUCCCAGGAAGAACUGGAAAAGUUCCGUAAGAUGAACAAGCGUCUGCCUUUAAGGAAGCCCCUCAGCCAGUCACUAACCCAGCUUAAUGAUAUGGACAUGGCUUGCAGCACGAGUCUUCUGCCUGAUGAUGGAAUGGUUGUGGAAGGUCUAACUCACAAACCUGCCAUGGUCACUAAUGGCAUUCUCACAGUGCCACCCGGAUCAGAGCUUACACACCUGGUCUCCCGUGGGUCAGUAGCUCCCUACGACACGGCUCGCAAGAUGGGAAAACCAGACACUGGUAGCCUCAGUGCUCCAGAAUCACCACCAGACUCCCUGGACUCCAUUCCUAAAGUCUCAAUGCCUUCAACAUCCCAUCCUAGAGUCUCGAGAGAGGGUCUGGCUGGACACCCACUGUCUGCUGUCUCCAGAGUUUCACGGAUACCGCAGUACCCUCCACAUCAGCCCGAGGCCUAUUACUCAGAAUCCAGAGUACCCCCGUCUGCUUCCCAAUAUGACGCAUCUCAGUAUCCUACUGGUAACUCCUACCCUUAUCAGCACUUGCAACCUCGCUACACUCGAUCGCAAGUUGACCCUGGCUUGGGGACCUACCCAGACCCCUAUCCUGUGUCCUAUGCUUCGGAACGACAGUACCCCGCUCCCCCAUCUGACCCUCGCUACAGCUAUCCACCACAUCAUGACAGUCGCCGCCAUGCGCCUUACGGAGGUCACGCUCCACUCCCGCCAUAUGCCCGGGAUGAGCUGGGUCACAGGAGUCCUGUUCCUAUGGAGAUGCCCCCACCGCCACAGACACCGGCAGCAGGAGCCUCAUCUUCCUACCUGCCAGAAUCACGGGACAGAUACGGCCCUGAGGGCUAUAACAACACUGGUCACAGCAGGGCUUACAAUGGAAGGAAUGCCUACGCCCGGCCACAGCCCAGCCUGGACUACCUGCACCGUCGGAGAAAGGAAAUAAUGGCCCAGCUAGAGGAGCGGAAAGUUGUGUCUCCUCCUCCCUUUGCCUCCUCUGCAAACCUGGCCCAUUCUUAUGACCCCAGUUAUACGCAAGAGGUCAGGGGGCAAAAUCAUUAUAUGGGUGAGAGCGCCCCAGCAUUUCAGAAUGUCAGAGAAACAGACUAUGCGGCUUCCUACUCGCCAUGGUCAUGUGACACGUUUGUCCCCUACAUCGGUGCCAAGGAUAUGAAGUCCAAAGAUGGCUCAGCCUCGGGCUACAUGGAGAUGCAGACUAUAGACAAAAGUCUAAGAGAUCCAGCUCUGGAGCUGCAGCGUCGAGUAGCAGAGGUCAAGGAUGAUGACCCCAUCAUACCUUUUGGCCCGCUACCCACGGUCUCUCGCUUUGGAGCAAUAUCUCGUACUUCCAAAUCGGGAUAUCAGCCUGCUGGCCUUGUUCCGGGCCCCCCAGCCAAACAUGCUGCAAACGCAGUUGAUUACAACUAUGGAAAUCAUGGAGGAUGGAGUGAAGUCUCCUAUACCCCACACCAAACCAUGCCAUCUCAGGGACACUUCAGUGAGCGUCUGCCACCUUCUGCCCAGGACAGGGAACAGCUGAAGAUGGAACUCCAGCAAGUCAACCAACAAAUUACCCAACAGACUCGCUGUAUGGAGAGGGAGGCUAGUUCCGGAGCUGGCCAAGUCGCUCAAGUGGAGUGGUCAACAGCUAAUGUUUCCAGCGAGCAGUUGAGCCUAGAGUUGCACCACGUGGAGAGAGAGAUUGGAAUGAGGACACGUGAGAUGGCCAUGGAAGCAGCUGGCAUGAAAUACAAGCUGGUAGCAGGAAGUGAGAAUGGACAGAACGAGCACAAUUUAAAGAGGGAGGAUCAUCACUUAGCCCUCAGUGAGGGAUCAAACGGUUCCAGUUCUGUGGGUCAGGACUGCGGUUUGGGCAGCACCAGCAUGUCCUCUCUGACCAGCAAGACAUCCUCACUCAGCCUGUCAUCUGAACUGGUGGGCAGCAGCCCAGAUCUGACCAAGAAUGGAGUGGCUCAUGCGUGCUCAUAGUUUGUCUCCAGCUAGAUGCUACCUGAUCUGGUGUCUCUCCCUCUUUUUGCUCUUUCUCACGGUCCCUCACUCUGAGUUAGAACAUUGUAUUUUAUUUUCAUUUCCAAAUCACAGAGGCUGCAGUGCACCCCAAACCAUCUAUUGCAUAAUUAUUUAACGUACUCCACUCAUAUUGGGUCACUUAUUCUUUUUCUUUACCACCGCAGUAUUGGAAUGUUGAGCAUUCCAUAUAUUUAAUGCAUCUGUGAUCACUGAUCAGAUACAAAUAAUCCCAAAAUUAAGUAAUAUUUGUUUUGCAACACCUAAAGGAUUUUAUAGGAAUAAGCAGUAUCUGCACUUUUUUUUUUUUUCGGGGGG